CACACCGAGCACUUAGAAGUCAGCCCGCCAGUUGUUUUUUCCUCUAACCGGUGACACCCUGCACGAAGCGGUCCAGUGGAACCGCAGACAGUCACAGGAGAUUGCGCCUUGUGUGUGUGCGCGCUUUUACGGAUUGGCUGAACCGUGGCCGCUCUGCCCAGAACGUGCCACAAAGUGAGCCGCGCGCACAUAUAUUUGCUGCAAGCGCCAGAACCAGUCACCACGUACUUCGCCGGGACCCCCGAGGGAGCGCGGACAAGGAACGCGUAGAACGACUAAAGCAUCGUUUAAAACAACACAGAGUCCAUGGCUGCCCCCGUACAGAGCAGCUGCAUGUGGAUGUUAGUCGUGGGAGCCUGCGUGUCACUGGUAGUCGGAGCGGACUGUGGGAAGGAGUGCGCACUGUGUGUGUACCAGCUGCUGGGACAGCAGUCUGCUUUCUCUUCCAUGACAUGCUCACUUGAGUGCAAUGGUGGGUUGGACAGCCAGAAGCUACGCUUGUGCCGGGACUUACUAUUGGAGGAGGAAAACCACAUUCCUCUGGAUGCCAAGCCACGUCAACAGCAGGAACAGGAAGCAGCCGGUGCCAUGAUGGCUGACACUGAGGAUGCAACAUUUCCAGAACACCAGCUGGCCAAGAAGUACGGGGGCUUCAUGAAGCGCUAUGGUGGUUUCAUGUCUCGCCGGUCCUCUUCACCAGAGGGGGCACUCGAGGAUGCUGGAAACCAGGAUGAGGAAGAAAAUGUCCGCCUAGAGAUCCUUAAGAUCCUUAAUGCAGCAGUCGAGCACGGCAGUGAGGGGGACGGUCAGGGCGGCGAGUCAAUGAAGAGGUAUGGAGGCUUCAUGCGGCGGGCUGAAGGAGGGGUAGCGCCGAGUGACCUGCUGGAGGCAGUGUUAGGCCGUGGGCUCAAGAAGCGCUAUGGAGGGUUCAUGAGGCGUGUGGGCAGGCCAGAGUGGUUGGUGGACAGCAGCAAGAGUGGGGGGGUGUUGAAACGGGCCUGGGAGAAUGGCAAUGAGCAACAGAAGAGGUAUGGGGGUUUCAUGGACUAGGAUACCACAAAUGUGACCCUCAGUCCCUGCAUCCCUCCAAUCACUCCUCUUCAACCAAUCACCUUGUAGUCUGGACUUGUUGGUGUCUUAAUCAACUCCCCACUUUCUCUGCUAACUACAUUGCAUCAUCUGGCUUUGUAUAACGUGCUGCUGCCUGUAUUGAUAAAAAAGAUAAACAAAUAUUGUUCAGUACACAAAUUAUUUUUUGGUCUGUUUUUGGUUUCAUCAG